UUCCGCAUCGCAGACUGAAUGCGCUGCGAAAGUUUUUUGGUAUCUUCUUAGUUUUAUUUUGAUACUCGAAAAUAAACAUCAAUUAAUGAUUUAUCGGAGAUAAAAAUAUAUAUUUAUUUAUAACUCGAAUCUUUUAUGAAAAAGUAUCGAUAAUUAUUUUGUCAUUUGCAAACCUAGUAGACGUGUCUCAGUGUGACGUGAGUUUUUUUCCUUUUUCUAAUUUAGGGGUCAUUACUGAUAAAACUUUUGUAAAAAGUUAAAUUUCAUGAAAUUCUAUUCGUUUUUAUGAAAUAAGUUGUCAAAAAUUGUAGUUAUUCUAAUAACUUAUAAUCUCAAAAUAUUGGUGCUAUGGCGAGACGUUAUCGUGAUGUGGCUGCAAAACUGCAACAAAACGUGCAAAAGCAUAUAAAAGAAAUGAAAGAACUCUCAUCUUCUGAAGAUGAGGAGCCAUAUGAAUCUAGUGUAUUGGAUGGCGUCUUACAGUCCUACAGAAUAGGAGGUGGCGAUAUCUCUAAAUUGGAUCGGACCAGGCACCUGUUGGAAGAGGCUAUCAGUGGUAAAUCUGUUACUUGCCUCAUCUGUAUAGGUUCUAUUAAACGAGCAGAUGCUAUAUGGACCUGUGAUUACUGCUACUGCUAUUUCCAUUUGUCAUGUAUACAGAAAUGGGCUAAUGAUAGCGUCAGUCUCAAAAACGAAGAAGCUCAAGGCCCUAUAGUCAUAAUCGUGCCUAGAAAAAUAGAGUGGUGUUGUCCCAAAUGCCGACAGUCAUACAGUAAAGAUGUAAUACCAAGAAGGUAUAGAUGUUUUUGUGGAAAAACUGAUGAUCCACCUUAUCACCCUUGGCUGAUACCACACACAUGCGGAGAGGUAUGUGGUAAAUUUCUAUCCACUGCUGAGAGUUGUAAGCACAAGUGUCUUUUGCUCUGCCAUCCAGGGCCUUGUCCUCCAUGCCCUCAAAUGGUGAAUGGGGCAUGUUACUGUAAAAAAGAACAUAAGAAGGUUAGAUGCAGUACUGCAAAGUGGUCAUGUGGACAUCCAUGCAAGAAAAAUCUCCUAUGUAAUUCUCAUAAGUGUGAAAGUAUCUGUCACCAAGGAGAUUGCCCUCCAUGUAGUUAUGUUAGUAUUCAAUCAUGUCAAUGUGGCUCUGAGAAAACUAAAAGACCUUGCAAUGAUCCAUUGUGGCAUUGUGAAAAAGUUUGCAACAAACCUUUCAGUUGCGGCUACCAUAAAUGCUCAAAAGUGUGUCAUUCUGGUGACUGUGGAAUGUGUCCUAAUUCUGGUAUGAGAUCAUGUCCGUGUGGAGCAAAUAAAAAAUAUGUUGAAUGUCCUGAUAUUAUGGAGACUUGCCUAGGGACUUGUGGUAAGAAACAAGAUUACUGUGAACACAACUGCCCUGAAAAAUGUCAUAAAGGCAUGUGCCCUCCUUGCCAAGUUUUGAUUGAAAAGCAAUGUCAAUGCUCAUCCCAUACUAGAAUGUUACCAUGUAGUAAAGAAUACAAGUGUGAAACAAAAUGUAGGGGUAUAAGACCAUGUGGUAAGCAUGGUUGUGGCCGUAAAUGCUGCAAUGGCGAUUGCCCACCAUGUGAAAAAUUAUGUGACAAACCAUUACAGUGCGGCAGACAUAAAUGUACAAUGGUUUGUCAUCGUGGACCAUGUUAUCCUUGUCCAAGAGAGUCUAAACUAACCUGCAAAUGUAAAGAAACUUAUGUAACAGUACCAUGUGGGAGAGAAAAACAUAUCAAACCUCCAAGAUGUUAUUUACCAUGUAAAACAAAAUACAAAUGUGGCCAUGUUGAAGAGAACAGGCAUUCCUGUCACUUUGGAGAUUGUCCACCGUGUAAAGCUAUCUGUAGCAAAAAGUAUGCAAAAUGUAAUCAUGAUUGUAAAGCUACUUGUCAUGAAUAUGUAGCAGUAGUCUUCAAACAAGUUGAAAAGCCAGCAACUCCUUGGGAAAUCACUCCUCCUAAAACAAAAAUAAUGACUUUGGACUGUCCCCCAUGUGAAACACCUGUCCCUGUUAUAUGUUUUGGGGAACAUGAGACAGAAAAUCUGCCAUGUCAUUUGGCUAAGAGACGUUGUUGUGGAAGAAUAUGUAGUCGACCUUUGAUCUGUGGCAAUCAUUUCUGUUCUUUACUUUGUCAUUUAUAUGCACCAAAUUCUGAUUAUCUAAACGUACCUUACACUUGUAAGCAGUGUGAUAGAGAAUGUGUAGCAGCUCGCCCUGACAAAUGUCUACACAAGUGUGCGAGACAGACAUGCCAUCCUGGAGCAUGUCCCCCAUGUGAUAUAUUUGAACGAGUUCCUUGUCAUUGUGGUGUGACUGAGUUAUAUUUGCGAUGCCGUGAGCUCACUACUGCUACUGAAGAAAUGUUAUCUUGUAAGCAACAAUGUUCAAAGAAUUUGGAAUGCGGUCAUCGUUGUCGUAACAUAUGUCAUUCGGGCUUGUGUCAGGAAAAUCAAGUAUGUAAUAAGAAGACUAAAGUGCAUUGUCCCUGUGGUAAUUUGCGCAAAGAAGCUCCUUGUAAUCUUGUAAGAAAUGGAGAAGUAGAAAUGAUAUGCAAUGAUGUUUGUGAAGCAAAGAAAGUUGCAGCUAAGUUGGAAAAAGAAAAAGAAUUACAAAGAUUAAAAGAAAUGGAAGAAGAGAAGAAUCGUAAAGAGCUAGCAGAGUAUGAAUGGAAAUUGAGUGGAAAGAAAAAGAAAUAUAAGGAAAAGAAAAUUGUUCAAAAUGUUGACAAUAGAAAUAUUUUCCAGAAAUAUUGGAUUCCUAUUUUGUCUGUGUUUAUCACAGUAGUUGGUGCUCUUUAUAUGAUAAUAGAAGUUUGAUGCUUAAAUAACUAUAGUUGUUAUAAGUUUACCAGUAAAACAUCUAUUAAAUAUUCAUAGAUAUUAAAUAGUGAAGCAAUAAAAAGUACAUGUCGUGCUGCUGUCAUUGUUACACUUCCAUGUGGCCUGUAAAUGUGACAGAGACAGAUUCACAGUGAGCAGAACUCAUCUAAAGUUUUAUUUAUUUAAAAAAAAAAACUGAAAAGAAAAUCUUAUUAUGAACAGUAUUGCGUAUUGUUUUAAUAAAAAUAAGUGUACCUAUUGGUAAAUAUUUGGGUAUAUAUAUAAGUAAUAUGACUUAUCAUUCCAAAGACGGGGAGUUUAUUUCUGUUUUGUUUUGUUAAUAUUUUUGUUAAAUGUUUAAUUUUUAAGUCUGUAUAUAGCUACAGAACAGUCAAUAAUGUUCCUAAAAAAGUAAUUACUCUGAAUAAUAAUGUAGAUAGUGUAUUGUUUUUUAUACUAUGUACUCUAG